AGUGAUGGAAGAUGCCUCUGCUCUAUUGGGUAUCAAUCCACCAGCAGCGGCGACUUGUGCUCGCAGCAGUUGUACGAUGUCUGCAGAGACGCAACAUCUCGUACACAAUAUGGAGACUGUUUUGACAAAUCUCAAUGGUCACUUCACUGCAGCCAUGAGGUGUGCCAAAGUGCAGAAGACUACUUUGGUUAUGAUGGGGAGUUAGGCUUGUGCAUUUGUAAAGAACCUUCCAGCAGAGCUGCAUGUGGAGGCCUUUGCAAGAGGAAACCUGCUGCUGAUCUGAAGCUGAAGUGUUUUUCCGAUGGAAGAAUGGAACUGGUGUGGAGCUCUGAUAAUCAGAUUUCUAGAGUCUCAGGCAGAGUGCUAGAGACGAUUUUUAACCAGUGGGACUUCCAAGGUAAUCUGCAGUGCAGCAGCCAAAACAACUUCUCACAUCCUGUCUACAUUCUUCAGACAACAGGUGAAAAGCAAGUUCUUUCUCUUCCACAUACAUACAUGUGCAAACACACACACAGCAAUUCCAGCAGCAGCAGGUUUGGUCUUCUUGCUUUCUGCUUGCAGAGGCAGGAUUUGUUGGUUCAGUCAGCAGCCUCCCAAAAGAACUUUUACAACUGUUUCCUGAAGAUACCAAUAGGGACUUUCAAAGCUCAGCUGAGGAAGAUUAUGAGGUUGCUGGAAAUGUCAGUUAUGAAGCCAAAGAAAGGUAUUUUCUAAAGUGGAGAAGUAAUCAGAGAAAAAGUAUGGAGGAAGGAGUUUCAAUCAUGACUGCAGUUCUGAACCCAACACUAUGUUUCCAUUUGGAUGAUAUUUUGCUGUUUACUGUAAACACACACCACUACCCGCAGUAUGAUAUAAACAACUUGUACAACACAAACAGCAACUUUGACUGGGGGGCCUUCAGACAGCUACAAGAAGAUUUGACCUUAUCCUGGGCUCCGCCCGCCUUAUUUUCUGUGAUUUUUAGUCAACCUGGGGUUUACGUUAUCAAACUGAGUAGCAACCAGCACAAACGUCUGUAUGUUAAAGUGAUGCCCAUGGGUGGCCAGUGUUAUGAGCCUGGGAUUUUCUACCCCACCACCCCUCGACACAUCAUCAGGUUAGGAAUCAACAGAAGACGAGAUCUGCUUCUUAGACCAGACUGGCUUUUGACUGGAGGACUGCUCUUAGGAGCUGUGGUCAUCCUCUGUGUAUGCAUUAUAGUGCUGAUCUUGUUUCGUGAAUAUGGGUGGCCGGAAAAAGAGUCAAUCAGUGUUCAGUAUCGAAUGUUGCAGCUUGUAUACCCAAUGGAUGACUACUCAUCAAAGGGAUCGAGGGUGAUUUCAUUCAGGAAAACUCACCGAAAGCAGCCCGCUAGCAUGACACAUGACUCUAUUCAGCCAGCAUGCACAGGAGCCCUGGAGGAGUUCUGGGAUUAUGAACACCAGGUGGAUCUGGAGGCUUUUAACAGCAACACUUUUUACUGCCUCCUACUCAAGCAGAGCCUUUCUGUGACGUCACGUCUGGGGCAGCUCACCACUGAGGUGAAGGAGCUCUAUCGAGGAGUUCUUGGGAAACUGCCGCUUCUCCACCCAUGCAUGAUGGCAGAGGAGAGGGUGGAGGAGCACUGUGAGAGGAUGAAGAAAGAGGUGGAGAGAGAAUUGGCGCGAAGGAAAUCUUUGGGCUCACAGCUGAGGACUCUGCUCGACAGUCAAUUACAGGUUCUGAUGAGGGAGCUGCAGGCCAAGAGAAGGGCUUACUGUGUGUUCAUGUCUCAGCUCAGAGAGUGCAGCAGACUUCUAUCAAAGAUUCACAACACCCACUCACCCACCUGUGAGCUGCACCAGAAAAUUUUGGUCCAAAAGCUCUCAGCCCUCAUAGAUGAAAUGGGGGAGCUGGUGUCAUCAGAGUGUCACCACCAGGGGGCGUGGGGCUUGUUGGCUGAAGGCACUGGAGCCAGGUUGCUGUGUCCUAACUCUGGAGGUGUCCUGACCAAAGAUGACCUCUUUGGACCUGAUGGGUCCCUGCGAGCCUCUCUGGCAAUUUACCACGAUGCAGUCACAGGCCUCAUAAGGCCUAACGCUCACAGCCACAUGCUGCUAAACAGUGGCCACACCAUGGCAGUGCCACCCAACUUCUUUCUUCACCCACAAACUGGCAGAGUAAUGCCAAUCAUUGGAAAUGUCGCCUAUGAUCCAGCCAGCUCUACAUUAGUGGCUACAACUGAUCUCUGCAGAGACGACAACAGAAAGUGGGAGAGUCCUCUUCUACCUUUUAUUCCUUACCCAACAUCCUGCCAUUCAGAUCGGCCCCUUCCCAGCAUUCCGAAUAAACCCCUCAGGCUGGGCCAGAGGUUACAUUUAGGCAUGACCAUGGCAGACCCUGACACUGGGGUUCCAGUGCCUACUUUGGCUAUGACCAUCCACCCACAAACUGGAUCAGUAUACCCACUGGGAAGGCUGCAUGUCUGCCCACUCACUCGCAUGCCACAACCCAUUCAGAUAGGCUAUCCCAUGCUGGACUCCAGGACUGGGAACAUUGUACUUACUGUUGGGGUGACUUUGGAUUCAGUAACAGGAGAUGUGCUGCCAGUGGGUGGAGUGAUGCUGGCUGAGUCCUUCUCUGAACCUCUGAGUGGGCGGAUGGUGAAAGUCGGAGGGGCCAGCAUGAGAGCUGGACAGGUGGUGCCGACCACAGGAGGAUACCAAAAUCUCCUGGAUACCAAGGUUUUGGCAGAAAUGUUGAAGGUUUUGGAUCACCUGAGGCCUCUAAUUGAGGAGUCUGCUUUUGAUCCAACUGUACCACUUCCACAAGCCUAUUCAGGCAAUGAGAAAGAAACCAGUCAACAAGAUCUUCUUGCCGCUGCUGCCAAAGAGCUGGAGCAAGCCUGGGGGAGGAGCCUGCACUGUCAGCUGCAGUUUCAGACCAGGCUGGAGAUGCUUCUAGAGAGCGCUAUUGGUCUUCAGCAGGAUGGAGGGGCUCUUGGAGAGAUGCAUGUGCCAGGUUCUGAUGUGUGUGUGCCAGCUCUGUUGGGAAUGGAUUACCCUGACCCACUGGGUUCAAGUCUCAGUGUGCCUGUGCUCGGGUGUCACACUGAUCCCAUCUCUGGGAAUACAAUGCCUUUGGCCGGAACAAUGGAAGAUCCCGGAGGAAAAGGCAUGGUGGCAAUCCGUUAUGGGUCCCAAACCAUUGAUCCAGUCACUGGGCUCGUGGCCACAGUUGUUGGGAUAAGAUUGGAUGUUUUUAAAAAAAUGCCUGUUCCUGUUACAGCUGCAUGCUGGCUUAUGAUGGCUGAACAAACCAACAGUGUCCAGGUUGAAGGGCUGCAGAGGGAGGCAUGUGCAAGAAACACUUACUGGCAGCAGCAAAGGCAUCGGGAGGAAGAAAUCCUUAUUGAGCUGGACUCAGCUCUGUUCCUUUGCCUCUGUGGAGUUACAGAUGUAGGCAGUUAUCAGUUUCAGUGGUCAGGGAGGCAGCUGAGGGAAGCAGCUGGAGAGCUGCAGGAUGCGGCAAACAUCGAGGCCCAGAGAAGAGCGGCUCAGCACUCCAUCUUGGCCCUUGUUUUACCCCAACACGUGCUACACAUCCUCUCAUGGGGUGACGGGGAAGAAUGGGAACAGGAUUGUGCUUGGCACUCAGCGCUCAUGUCGUGCCUCGAUAAGAUUGACAUUUGUAUGGAACAACUGCAGCAAAACCUGGCAAAAUGGAAGAUUCAGGCAGGAGAACGAUCUGCAAAACUUCAAAUUAUGGACAGAGAAGUUUGUCAAAGAGAGUUUUUGGAGCUGUGCAGCUCCAGACAGACAGACUUGGACACUGCUCUCAGUUUGUUGCAGUUUGUGAGACAAUUUUCCAAUCUGCGGGCGGAAACUGCCCAGGCUGUAUUGUGUGGGAAAUUUUGGUUCAGGGAAUACAACCUGCCUCUGUGCAGAGGACACGAGCCAAACAUGAAGCCACUUAACCUGCUCCAAGAAAGAGCUUUGCCUCUGUUGUUGAGGCUGAACCAACUUCUGGAAGAGAAGAAACCAACCAGCUCUUCCCCAAACACCUGCAAUCAGCACAUUUCUGGCUCAGAGGCAGUGCCAGAUAGCGGUUUGUCCACAGAACAGGCGUAUUGUUUAGAGACACCCUCAAGAGUCUGGACAGCAUCUGUGCCUGUAGUGAAAGGAAUCUCCAACCACUCUUUGAGAGAGCUGGUAAAUGUCAUUCAGUCUCAGGACGGCAGCCUGGAGGCCAGCGGGUUGCCAACACACAAGUCAAACAGACAUGCUGCUUCUUCUGGGGUUCACACUAGUGAGAGCCAACAGACACAAGAAUCUGUUCAAUGCACCCACAUUGCUAUUCCCGCAAUUCCAGAAGAGCAGUGGACAAAACUGGUGAAGUGUUCUCCUCUAUUCCAGCUGAUGAAGGAUAUAGACCAAGAGUUGAAAGUCUGGGCAAAAAAAGCAGGUUUUCUUGGAGGAGAGCCUCUUGACAAAGGCAAAGGUUUUGCAGAUGUCCUCGAUGCGCAGUGGGAGUGCGAGGGUGAGCUCAUACCGUUGGACCUGUCAGUCCUUAACCCCAGGGAGGCCCUCGUCUACCAACAUGGUCUCUUCUUGAUGCAUUCGUUGCACAAAGUGAAUCUGACUCCAGCUAUUUCUCUUCAAAUAGCAUCCAGUCUCCCGAACAACAACUACUCCAAUAAUGCUUUCAGAAAUUCCUUCUUUUAUCAGGAGGCAGAGGGGAGACUUUUUGUCCGUCGCCAGAGGCUCCGGUCUGUUGGAGGCUUCUCGCUUAUGCUACUUCACUGCUUGUCACAUGUUAAAACCAAAGACAUGAGUUCAGACACCAGCCCUCCUUUCCAGAGAGUUUUCUUCAGGACCCUACAAGAAAUCCUGGGGGAGCUGUUCAGAAUCAAACAGGACUUCUCUGAGGAGGAAGCUUCCACACUUACAGGGUUCCAGGAACGGCUUUGAAAACCAAGCAUGGGAUUGCUGUCGGAAGAUGAAAUUGAGAAAACGUGCAAAGAACAAAUCCUGGUCUCCAAUCUUAAAGAACUUUUGGUCAAGAGGGGUUCAGAGGCUGCCGAGAGCGGACAGGACCACAUUGCCUGACCAGAUUGUGACUCAAAUUCUGAAGUGAUGUGAAACAAAAAUCCUCUACAGUUUUUUCAUUUUAGUGAACAUUUAGCAUGCUAUAACAAUAAACAUUUUAAAUUAC